UCUCAUUUGUAAUUUGGCAGGCGGCGUGCGCGGAUCGGAGAAUUAGAACCCAGAGCAUUAGCGAUCGGGAUCGGGAAAUCACUUGCUUUGCUUUACAGUUGUUUUUGCCAGGGGAGCGAAGAAGAGAGACGCCAAAGUGUCACCCACUGUCUCCACAUCUCUCUCCAACUCUCCAUCUCCGUUUUCGUAAUUGCGCGUGCGCCAAGUGCAAGGAAUAAAGAAACCGACAUAGAAAUCGGGAAAAUCGAAGAAAAUCGGGGAAAAGCGAAUAGUUAAGUGCGUGCGUGAUCAUACGAUUUAAGGAUCCGCCGUUGUGCUUUAACCCGUAACCGUGGCGAAGGAACUGGCCAACUUGUUGACACAGCAGAACAACAGUCCCGAGAUGACUCAACAACCACAAUGGGGCAUAAACCUAUCGAGGUAUUUCGUGAUCCCGCAGCGAGUGAUCCUGGCCAUUAUGGGCUUCUUGGCCAUCCUAAAUGCCUACACGAUGCGCGUCUGUCUUUCGCAGGCCAUCACGGUUCUGGUCGUAAAAAAGAAUUCUACGGACGAUGACUCUCAAGCUAUUUGCGAACCGGAUGACCUGGACUCGGGCAGCAGCAGUGGUGGCCAAUUCGAAUGGUCAGAGGAGUUACAAGGCUUGAUCCUGUCUUCCUUCUACAUCGGUUACAUUGUUACCCAUAUUCCCGGUGGCCUUCUGGCCGAAAAGUUCGGUGGUAAAUGGACCCUGGGUCUCGGAAUCCUUUCAACUGCCGUGUUCACCCUGCUGACGCCCCUGGCCAUCGAUAAAGGUGGCUCCGACUGGCUGAUCGUUACCCGUGUUCUGAUGGGUCUGGGCGAGGGUACCACCUUCCCCGCCCUGAGUGUCCUGCUGGCUGCCUGGGUUCCGGCCAACGAACGUGGAAAGCUUGGUGCUCUGGUGCUGGGUGGUGGUCAAGUGGGCACCAUCAUGGGAAACCUUUUGUCGGGAGUACUUAUUGACGCCGUGGACGACUAUUCAAUUGUGUUCUACUUCUUCGGCGGCCUUGGUCUUAUCUGGUUUGCCAUCUUUGUCUUUCUCUGCUACAGCGACCCCACUUCGCAUCCCUUCAUCAAGCCCAGCGAGCGCGAAUACCUGAUCAAGGAGAUCGGUACCAUUAACCGCAACGAAGACCUGCCCCCCACCCCGUGGAAGGCCAUCCUUACGAACCUGCCCAUGUUUGCCUUGGUGGCCGCCCAGAUUGGUCACGAUUGGGGCUUCUACAUCAUGGUGACGGAUCUGCCGAAGUACAUGUCCGACGUGCUCCAGUUCUCGAUCAAGGCCAACGGACUGUACUCCUCGCUGCCAUACAUCAUGAUGUGGAUCGUGUCCGUGGGCAGUGGCUUUGUGGCCGACUGGAUGAUCCGCCGUGGAAUAAUGAGCACGACCAACACCCGAAAGAUGAUGACGGGUCUGGCCGCCUUCGGUCCGGCCAUCUUCAUGGUGGGCGCCUCCUACGCCGGCUGCGAUCGAGUCCUCGUCGUGGUGCUCUUCACUAUCUGCAUGGGCCUAAUGGGUGCCUACUACGCUGGCAUGAAGCUGAGUCCCCUGGACAUGAGUCCGAACUAUGCCGGCACCUUGAUGGCCAUCACCAACGGAAUUGGAGCAAUCACUGGAGUGAUAACGCCGUAUCUGGUGGGCGUUAUGACACCGAAUGCCUCGCUGCUGGAGUGGCGCCUCGUGUUCUGGGUGGCCUUUGGUGUGCUCUGCGUCACGGCCGUGGUCUACUGCAUCUGGGCAUCCGGAGAGGUGCAGCCUUUCAACAACGCACCCAUUCAGCCGCGCACCGUGGACUUCGAGGCGCAGGAGCGCAAGCCCAAUGCCAGGGGUGUGGAGAAGAGCUCUUAGAGGGGAUCGCCAACGAAAGUGCCAUAUAUACAUUGUAAUCUAGUUAAAAUGCUGGCUAGGUGGAUUCGUGAACCGGGAACGGGCGAUCCAUCGGGCAUUGUCAUACUGUAUACGCCGUGGCUGCUGUUCAUAUUGCUAGUUUUAUAGUAUUCCCGAUCUGGCCGAUCCCUGGCACAGGUGCCAACUAACUAAUUUAAGCGAAUUUACUUACACUCCCGAACGUGCGCAGUGUACUUAUUAUGUGUAUUCCUGUUUUAUCUAGGAUAACCCCUUUCCCCUUCCAACAGAACCCGUACCCGUACCCCCAUUCGCCGCGCACGCCACGUACUCUCUUAAUUAUUAUUUAGUAUUUAAAUGAAAAGCGAUUUCACGUUUAAGAUUUAGUGUACACAGAGCUCGUAUUGCCGUAUUUUAAAUCAAAUGAUGAAAUAAUUUGUACAUUUUAGAUUGUUGAUCAAUGUGUAAAGUGAAACGUGUUUUUAACUGUUCCGUUAAGACAUUACUGUUUUUAUGACGUUAGUCAAAUAAAGUGUAUAAAGCAAAUUAAAAUAA